AUCAUUAUUUUUUUUUUUUAUUUGAGACCAAAUAUUUGUUGAAGUAGUGGUUUUAAACGCCACAUUAUGCACGGUAUCGAUGUUUCAAAUGCAGCCCCCUGAACAGGUUGGUUUGGUCGCGCGCGCACAUGUCGCGCGCUCCUGUUGGGCUGUGCGCCGUCACGAGCUGAAGGUGUCAUGAAACGAAGAAAACUCACUAGUAGUGGGGAAGAGCGCUAUUAAUAACAGCCCGUAUGGCAACAAAGGAGAAAUUGGAUUAAAAGCCUUUUCUUGCAAACAUGGCAAAGAACACAUCGCUCUAUUUUCGAAUAGUCGAGGGCAGGAAUCUCCCGGCCAAAGAUGUAUCUGGAACCAGUGAUCCUUACUGCAUCGUGAAAGUUGACAGUGAAGUUGUGGCCAGAACUGCCACUGUGUGGAAGAAUCUUAAUCCUUUUUGGGGCGAAGAAUACACGCUGCACCUCCCAAUGGGGUUCCAUUCACUCUCGUUUCUUGUGAUGGACGAGGACACGAUUGGACAUGAUGACGUUAUUGGAAAGAUUACACUAAGCAAAGACGCCAUUGGAUCUCAAGCUAAAGGGAUCGACAGUUGGCUGAACCUGACGAGGGUCGACCCCGAUGACGACGUCCAAGGAGAGAUCCACCUAAGUCUGCAGCUCCUGGAAGGCCCAAAAAAGCCCACCCUGCGUUGUCAAAUCAUUGAAGCCAGAGACUUGGCUCCGAGGGACAUUUCUGGAACCUCGGAUCCUUUUGCAAGAGUUAUUUUCAACAGCCGCAGUGCCGAGACGUCGAUUAUUAAAAGGACCCGUUUUCCUCACUGGGGAGAAACCUUGGAGCUGGAGUUGGAUUCAGAAGGGCUGAGCGAGCAGCAGGGGACUGUUACUGUGGAGGUCUGGGACUGGGACAUGGUGGGCAAGAAUGACUUUCUAGGAAAGGUGGAAUUCCCUGUUGCUUGUUUGCACAAAACACCUCUGUUGGAGGGCUGGUUUCGUUUGCUACCCUUGGGAAACAAUGAGGUUGAUGUGGGGGGCAAGCUGGGUGCGUUGCGUCUGAAGGUGCGUUUGGUUGAAGACCGGAUCUUGCCGUCGAUGUACUACCAGCCCCUCAUUGACCUUCUGGUCGAGUCGGUAAUCUCCCCCGCAGAGGUGGAGGACAGCAGUGCCCUGACCAUGCUGGAGGAGGUGACCACAGUGGAGAGCAGGCAGGAUGUUGCAAUGACUCUGGUGAAGAUCUACCUAGGACAAGGCCUGGUGGUGCCUUUCCUUGACUACCUAAACACCCGGGAGGUCAACCACACCACUGAUCCAAAUACUUUAUUUCGCUCCAACUCACUUGCCUCCAAAGCCAUGGAACAAUUCAUGAAGGCUGUGGGGAUGUUGUAUCUGCACGAGGUGUUGAAACCCAUCAUCAACCGUAUCUUUGAUGAGAGGAAGUACAUCGAGUUGGACCCCUGUAAGAUCGACCUGAACCGCUCCAGACGCAUUUCAUUUAAGGGUGCAGUGUCUGAGGCAGAAGUGCGGGACAACAGCGCAGAGAUGCUGCAAGGUUAUUUAACCAGCAUCAUCGAGUCAAUCGUGAGCUCUGUCGAUCAAUGUCCUUCUGUCAUGAGAGUGGCCUUCAAACAGCUCCACAAGAGAGUCGAGGAGCAAUUUACGGAGCCCGAGAAUGAGGAUGUGAAGUACUUGGCCAUCAGUGGGUUCUUCUUCCUGCGUUUUUUUGCACCUGCUAUUCUCACACCGAAACUGUUCCACUUGAGAGACCAGCACGCUGACACACGCACCAGCAGAACUCUGCUGCUGCUGGCCAAGGCUCUCCAAAGUGUUGGGAAUCUGGGCCUUCAGCUGGGUCAUGGAAAAGAGCAGUGGAUGGCACCUCUUCAUCCCAUCAUCCUUCGCAGUGUGGCUUGUGUCAAGGAUUUCCUGGACAAGUUGAUUGACAUUGAUCAUGAUACUGUGUCGGAGGUGCCUCAGAGGGCCAUACUCCUGCCUUCAGUUAUAGUGAAGGAAGGCUAUCUCCACAAACACAAGGCAGAGGGAACACAGCUGCUGUCCCGCUUUGCAUUUAAGAAGCGCUACUUCUGGCUGACCAGUGAGACCUUGUCCUAUGCCAAGACCUCUGAAUGGCAGGUGCGCUCUUCAAUCCCCGUCCGGUGUGUGUGUGCCGUGGAGAGGGUGGAUGAGAAUGCCUUUCAGCAACAAAAUGUAAUGCAGGUCAUCAGCCAGAACAAUGACGGACAGCUGCAGACCAUGUACAUCCAGUGCAAGAAUGUGAAUGAGCUGAACCAGUGGCUGUCUGCAAUCAGGAAGGCCAGCAUCUACAACGAGCGCAUGCUUCCAUCCUUUCACCCAGGGGCUCAUCGCAGUGGCAAGUGGACCUGCUGCCUGCAGGCGGACCGCGCUGUUCCAGGCUGCAGCAGAACCCAUUCAGCAGUGACUCUCGGAGACUGGAGCGACCCACUGGAUCCUGAUGUAGAAACUCAAAUGAUAUUCAAGCAGCUUCUCCAGGGCAGAGACAAACUCAGGAAAAAGUAUUUGGAGAUGCCUGAUGAUGACCAGACGAGCAAUAAGGAAAUAAGGAUCAACUCUGAUGUUAAUCCAGAUGGAGCAGAAUCCAUCCCUCAGCUUAUGAAGACAGGUCAAAGUGUGGCGGCGCGGCUGUUGGUGGUGAUUGAGGAUCUGGAGCAGGCUCACGUCACCUUCCAGCACAGAGAAAAAGAGGACACCCCCAGUGUCAUUCUGAAUCCCUAGACUGCUCAUGGCCUUGGAUCUAUUAAUGCCUGAAAGGCGGCAAUCGUCCUGUAGUAGGAGGGUUACUAUGAGCUUGAGCUACCAUCUCUCUUAAAAAGUGUCCACACGGCGAAGCCUUUUCCCAGCCUUUUUAAUAGAAUUCUUGAUGCCUGUAUGGGAGAUUUUAUCACUUUGAAUCUUUUUUGCAUUCUCCGAGUGCCACAAAGAGUGCUGAGUGGAGAUUACAAUACUUGACAAUGAAAGGUGGGCGAGGGACUUUGAAGCAUGAUCUGACUUGAUAUUUUUCUGUAGAUAACAAGCAAUCUGUUGCAUGGGCUGCAUCCGCUUGUUAAAUGCAAAGAGAAGCUUUUAUAUUCUGAGACAGACAUCUGUGGAAAAAAAAGGCUUCUUGUAGUGUAAUCCACAGUAUCUGGAAAUGGAGUGUUUUCAUAUUCUUACUUUCAGUGUUUUUACUUCCUUGUUAGAGUAAAUCAGUAUGGCCUCGAUGUAGCAGUGACAUCAUGUCCACAUGUUAUUGCACCACGAGUAAAUGCCAUAUAAAAGCUGCCACCAGUACAGUAAUUGAAAAACUGUUUUACAUUUUUUGUUUGGUGCUACGGCAACUGUAAAAUGAGUUCCCAAUGCGGUUUGCAUUCUAGAAAAUGUCCAUACACUUGUUGCAGCCACAACUAAAGUCAUAUGGGUAAUAUUUACUCAGCUUUCCAAGUGUCAAGACAUGUUUGAGAUGCCAACUUAUUGCUUUUUACUCAAUAAAAGUGAACACAAUUUAAGUAAAAUAUUCAAAUAUGAAACAAUUUAGCUUGAAACCACACACUAUGUACACCACCAUUCCAAAUUGGUGAACAGCCAUGUAAGUAGAAGAUGAAUUGAAAAUAAAAAUUAAAAAUAAAUCAAAGUUUUUAAGCAAUAUUAACUUUAAUUUGUUCAAAAAAAGGCCCUGAAUGUGAACUUGCACAAUUCUGGGAUUUUUUUUCAGGGAAACUCUUUGGUGAAAUUUGCACCUCUUGGCCUUUCCUGAAUUAGGCCACUCAAAUUAAAAUAGGAAACCUUCUUACAUUUUAUUUGAGCACUACAGAAAUUCUGUUCCUCCCCUAAAGAGGACAAAACUAAACAAAAAACACUAUAAAGUGAGUUAAUCAUCAACUAUUUUUCAAUUGACCUUCUUCUCACUAAUCUCAGUGACCAAUUAUUUCAUUGCAAUAUGUUGUGUGUGUUUGCAGGCUUAAUAUUUACUUGAAACUUUUAAUUGUUUUUAUCCCGUUAUACGAUAACAGCCCCCUUCCUGCCUAUUUAUAUCAAAUUUAUAACAAUGAUUUAUUCCAGGUGUGUUGUAACUGUGAGUACAACUGUAUUGUUUAAUAAAUGAAUCCAGUAAACCCUUCUUACAUGAAAA